ACGCGGUGCGCUUUCAAAAAUAUCCCGCCUGAAGCCAAAGCAGAGGAAGAGCCGGCAGAGUCAAAGUCUCUGUCAGUGGUUAGGAUGAAGUUUCGAGGGAAGAUCAUAGACGUCGCUUGUCUGAACCAUUUCACCCGAGUCAUCACCACCAUCUCAAAGCUGACGAAGAUGUGCGUCCUGCGCCUGACUCCAGACAACCUGUUCUUCGUUCUGUCUGGUAAAGUGGCCAACGGAGGGGUCAGCAUGUGGUGUGAACUGUCCCAGGCUAACUUCUUCGACGAGUAUCAGAUGGAGGGCGUGUCCUCAGAGGACAAUGAGAUUUGUCUCGAGGUGACUCCAGAGAACCUGUCCAGAGCCCUGAAGACGGUCCAGAACGCCAAGUCCGUCAAAGUCAAACUGACCAAGAAGCACUGCCCCUGCCUGACCAUCGCCGCAGAGCUGCCCACCCUGUCCAGCACCAGUCGAGUCGUCACUCACGACGUCCCGGUUGACGUCAUCCCCUGCAGACUGUGGCACGAAUUCAAAGAACCGAACAUGCCAGACUUCGACGUCAGCGUCUACCUGCCUCCUCUGAAGAUGAUGAAGAGCGUCGUGGACAGAAUGAAGAACCUCUCCAACUUCCUGGUGAUGGAGGCCAACCUGAACGGAGAGAUGAACCUGAAGAUUGAGACAGAUCUGGUCUCGGUCACCACUCACUUCAGAGACCUUGGAAACCCUCCGUGGGGUGACGACGCCUCCCAGGAUGGUGGUCUGUCUCAGAGCAGGGACCCAGAGGCCAUGGCCCAGGCCAGGGUGGACAUCAGGAAGCUUCAGCAGUUCCUCAUGGGACAGCAGGUCAACCCCAGCAAGGCCAUGUGCAAUAUCGUCCACGAGAGGAUCAUCCACCUGAUUGUGUUGCACGAAGACGUGUCGCUGCAGUAUUUCAUCCCUGCUGUGGCGUAGAUGCUCUGCAGACCACACGAGUUAUUUCUGCUCGGAGUUUGGGAAAACCAAAACCUGCUUCAGGUGUUUGUUCUCCACAGCAAAGAUUCCUCUUUCAGGUGGACCCCGUGAGACGAGACUCAGGAUGUGUGGGAGUCUGUCCUACAUUUCAGUGAGACUGAGGAUGGUUUGUCCUCCCAGUUUGACCUUUGGUCACAGUCACAUGCUGGUGAAUAUUCAUUCAUUAAGGAGGACGCUGAAAAAAGUGUCGUCUGAACAGAAAUUGAACAAGUUUGAGAAGAAGUUCAGAUUGUUUGUGUUUCACAUUAAAGUUUUGUGGAUUUAAGCUUGGUUUUAGUUAAAUUUUUUCGACACACUCGAUGGAUAUGUGUGGAUGUGAACUGAAUUUCGGGUUUAUUUGUGUUGCUUAAAAGUCUCAGUUGAGGUCAAACAUCCUGAAGUGAAACUGCAGCGGCUGUCCACAGAGGAGCUGGUUCCUGUGGGGGCUGCUGAGCUCCGUCCAUGCAGGUGUGGCCAUGUCUACAUACUGCUGGGCGUCGGUGGAAACGUGUACGACAAGGUGAACUGUCCCUUUAAUCCACCGGCUGACCGCUGUGUCAUAGCUGGAAACAUGCAGCUGUGGGAAAAGCACAGCUGGAAGAAUGAUGAUGGCUGGGUUCCAUUUAGCUGCUCCAGUUUCAGGAUGCUGUAUGUUUGUGCAACAAUAUUUAUCCAAAUAAAUAAUCAGAGAAGGUAGUUUUCUUCUGUGUGUGGGAGGUUUUGGUGAGCUGGGUUGUGUAGGUCUGGGAAGGUCUUCCUGGAGAACGUGAUCCGGGACGCCAUCACCUACACCGCGCACGCCAAGAGGAAGACCAUCACCGCCAUGGACGUGGUCUACGCCCUGAAGACGCAGGGCCGCGCCCUGGACGGCUUCGGCAGUUAAACGGAUCAACCCGCUCG